CAGGUGGCAAUUUUACCUUACCAGUCGUAGAUGGCAAACAGUGUGUGAGGGUGUACCAUCAUCAUCAGGUGAUAGUUCCAACGAACGAUCGUUUUGUUGCAAUUGCAACCGUUUGUUUUAUAUCGAACAAAAUAGUGUCACUUACCUUUCUGCGGGAGGGUACCAAUUAGCACUACAGCAGUGCCCUGUUUUAAAGAAUCAACGCAGUCCGACACGAUGGGAUACAGCCUAGGAACGGAGGAGCUUUCCAGCAAGUCGAGCGGACUGUGGCGUGCGCUGCUGGCCGAAUUUGUAGGCAUUUUCAUACUGAAUUUCUUCGCUUGCGCCGCCUGUACGCAUGCGAAUGGAGAUAAAACGCUGAUCUCGCUGGCAUUCGGGCUGAGCGUGUUCAUGGUGGUGAUGUCGAUCGGACACAUCAGCGGUGGUCACAUCAAUCCCGCCGUGACGGCUGGAAUGUUGGCAGCGGGCAAGGUUAGCCUGAUCCGUGCGCUGAUGUACGUGGCGGCCCAGUGUGCCGGUGCCGUUGCGGCCACCACCGCCCUCGAUGUGCUGAUUCCGAAAAGCUUCCAGAACGGGCUCGGCAACACCGGACUGAAGGAGGGCGUCACCGAUAUGCAGGGGCUCGGGUUCGAGUUCUUCCUCGGCUUCGUGCUGGUGCUGUGCGUGUUUGGUGUCUGUGACGAGAACAAACCGGACUCGCGCUUUGUGGCACCGCUAGCCAUCGGGCUAACGGUUACGCUCGGCCAUCUGGGCGUGGUGGAGUACACUGGGUCAAGCAUGAACCCGGCCCGUUCCUUCGGCACCGCAUUCGUCACGGACAGCUGGGCCCAUCACUGGAUCUACUGGGCUGGACCGAUCCUGGGCGGUGUUACAGCGGCUCUGCUCUACUGUCAACUGUUCAAGGCACCGACCGCCAGCGAUGCUUCCGAGCGCUACCGUACCAGCGCGGACGAUAAGGAGGUAAUGUUGAACCUUAUGAAACAUGCCGCACUGGAGGAAUCGGUUAUUACUACGUGAAAUCCAGUACGGAAAACCCCGAACCGAUCAUCAUCUCACAAUCACGAUCUCAUCUCAUCCGCACCGCAACUUCACAUCCGCUUUUUAAUGUGUUUUAUCCCCUUUACAGGAGAUUUAUUUGUUAUGUUUUAUUGUGUUAUCAUUGUUAUCGUUUUUUAUGAAUUAAAGCAACCAUUUACACGGUUGGUUUCGUCUGUCAUUUAUAGCUGGCUUGACUGUGCUUUCAUCACCACUCACAUCCACUUCACACCAUCGUUCUCCACGCUCAGUCGAGCAUGGCGAUGAUCACGAUCAUCAUCAUCACUCCCCCGUCGAGUUAGCUUAU